GAAAUGCAUGGUGAUGCAUGGAGUCUCGUGCUGGAUGUCAGGGUCACUGCAUGUCAGUGUGUGUGUGUGUGUGUGUGUGUGUGUUAUGCAAAUGGCUCAGUAUUUUAUGUCGCGUCUGUCAUUGGCUAGUAGUGUCUCUAGACCUUGUUGUGACGCUUGCCUAUAUAACGGGGCUCGUGCCACCGGGCCGGCGUGUCCGCGCGCGCCCCACCCAGAGCUGCAUGGACGCUUCAUUUCCGCGUCUCCAGAGAGCGCGCGCAGCACAUCAGGAUUAUAGCAGCAGCAUCCUUCUCUUCCGCCACCGAAAGAUCUGACAUUUUUUCCCUGGCCGCUUUGAGACUUAUCCAAAAAGCCAGUGAUCAUGGCAAACAGAGGCCCCAGUUACGGCCUGAGCCGGGAGGUGCAGGAGAAAAUCGAACAGAAGUACGAUCCUGAUCUGGAGGCUCGGCUGGUGGACUGGAUCGUUGCACAGUGUGGAGGAAAUCUGGAAAGACCCCAAACAGGAAAGCAGAACUUCCAAAAGUGGCUGAUGGACGGAACCAUCCUCUGCAGACUCAUUAACAGUCUGUACCCGCGAGGUAAAGAGCCCAUUAAAAAGAUCCAGGAGACACAGAUGGCCUUUAAGCAGAUGGAGAAGAUCUCGCAGUUCCUCCAGGCGGCUGAGGCAUACGGAGUCAUCACCACGGACAUCUUUCAGACUGUAGAUUUAUGGGAAGGAAAGGACAUGGCCGCCGUCCAGAGAACUCUAAUGGCUCUGGGCAGUGUGGCACUCACCAAGGAUGAUGGACAUUACCGUGGCAACCGGGACUGGUUCCACAGGAAGUCUCAGGGUAACCGGAGGGAAUUUUCCGAAGAGCAGCUGCGCCAGGGCCAGAACCUGAUCAGCCUGCAGAUGGGCAGCAACCGCGGAGCGUCCCAGGCUGGCAUGACAGGGUACGGCAUGCACCGCCAGAUCAUGUAACCCAGCCUGGAGAUGACCUACGACCUGCAUCAGACACCCAGAAGUCCUUAAUCCCUGCAGAGGAGCAACAAACAUCUGGUUCAGUCAUCAGUUUCAUUAACGUUUUUGGUUGUGAAAAUGAGGUAGAACACUUUUAAUAUCAGUGUUCUUUUAAAAUGUCUUGAAAUUCCAUGUAUGAUAUUAAUUAAUAACUUAUUAUAACUUAUUAGCAUGACUACUGUUUCAUUUUAUUUUUAUUUACUAUAAUAUAUAUUUAUCAGUAUCCAUAAUCACAAAAACAUUUUAACAUAAAUACCAAGAUCUGUGUGAUGUCCAUUGCUGUUAUCUCUGUAAACAUUAAACUAUGUCUAAAAACACAUACUACAUUACUAAUAAUGUGUCAAAAUAGUAUUACAUACUUGGUCAUUUUGGCAUAUUUCAUAGUACAUUAUUAUGUGGUCUUGGAUGCAACCUCCGUGGUAAAAGUUGCAAAAUGAUUUAAAAAAAAUCUACACACAAACAUUCCUGUCAGCCUUGUACCACAUGUGAAUGCAGAUCUGUAUUUAUUUCCUUAUUUAAUUGCCAAAACUCCCCAAAGUACUUAAUAUUUUAAAAAAAUGUUUGCCUUUCCCUUCGGAAUUGUGUGUUAUAAGUUUAUAUCCAAGUUUCAUAUUAUGCAUCAAUGUUUUGCUGGUGUUUGGUGAAGAUGUUUAAUAAAUUGAUAUUAUAUUAA